UCCCCCUCAGUGCCCUCAGUCAUCUCACUAGUUUCGGACUCCCAGAGACGUCCAGGCGAAAUAAAUAAAACCACGAGCCUAUUUAUUUGUUUUUAUUUACUGUACGUCGUGGAUCCAGUUGGGCCCAAUGUCCAGUACACGGUGUAACCUCAAUAUUUUCCUUUGGACUUGUGUGGCUGUGCAAAUAGUAUAAAGCUGAUCAAGAGAUUGGGUAUUUGAGGAUACAACAGAUUUUGCGCAGUAAUGGCGCUACGCACUAUCCGAAAGAUGAAGCUGAACCUUCUGGUCACUGUCGUCGUAGCGGUGAACGUCCUGUUCUUUUUCUCCAUGUCUUACCAAGGGAUAGGCAUAUUCGCCCGACGAGCCCAGCAGGCUAAGUACGCCCAACAGAACGAACAUCGUAUCGACGUAGAGUCGGGAAAGACUCGAGAAAGCACGCCUCUACCAACACAAACUGUCACAACCUUGUCGCCGGUCGUGAGACGAAAGAUUCAAAUUAUUAAGGAAGACUUGAACGACUCGAGCCUCACUAACGAUGCCUACUAUCCUGGAAAAAGGGUGGGGAAGUACAUUAUGGUUAAUCCAGAUCUAUGCAGAGACGCCAACAAGAUCGAUGUGAUUAUCAUCGUCCACACUGCACCAGCUAAUCUGGACAAACGACAGAGAAUUAGGGAUUCUUUUGCAAAACAGUCGAAUUUCUUGCCAUUCCAGGUUCGAGUUGCGUUUCUCUUAGGAUUGACCAGUAACAAAACUCUGGAGAGAGUGCUUUGGUUUGAACACACCACGUACAACGAUACGGUCAUGGGGAACUUCAAGGACGACUACCACAAUCUCACUCUCAAGGGUGUCAUGGGCUAUCGAUGGAUCAGUGAGCAUUGCGCCAACUCAAGGUUCGUCCUUAAAAUCGACGAUGACGUUUUAAUAAACAUGUACAAGUUGUUAUAUUCUUUUUUAAACCAUAUGAACGGUAAGCGUAAGUCGAUUUUUUGCAACUUGUGGCACAAAAACACGAUGCCUAUCUUGAGGACGGGCAAGUGGCGUGUAGAUCCUCACGUCUUCUCACACAAGCAAACGUUCCCUUACGACUACUGCAGCGGCUUCGUGGUCAUCAUGACGUCAGACCUGAUGAGACCGCUGUACGAGGCCGCACAGACCACGCCCUUCUUCUGGAUCGAUGACGUGUACCUUUUCGGCAUGCUCCCCAGCGUGGUCGGGGGUGUCACGUACUACAACUACGCCUUGGACAAAAAUAUGACGCUUAACGACAAAGUCGCCAUAAACUGCACAACUCAGCAGGGGCCUCGCUGCCCAAUUUUCGCUACAUUCAUUUCCAAUCAAGCUUACUGGCCGUACUGGGAACUCAUCAAAGGGAUCUAUUCGCCCGAGUCUUGGAACGUAGAGAACAAAUUAGUCACGUGAUCGGUAUCCCUCCUGCCGUGUGUCUUUCGUCGUGUUAUAGAAAGAGCAUAGUAUGUUGCAUAAUUUAUUAGCCAAAGCCUCACGAGGCCUUGAAGUGUGUUCUGUAAGGCGUAUAGAGCUGCACGCGUUGUGAACUAAAUAUUACCUCCACCGAAAUGGGAGAGUUACUGUGGGUGCAGUAUCGAGCUUUUUAAGUUGACAGCAGGCGCCAUAUCAGAAAAAAGCCCACAUAUAGGGAAAUAUUUACUUUUCGGCGUGUAUAGCACUCUAAAAUGAAGAACUGUUCUUUUUUUAACUUAGCUUAGCACUGAAGAAAAGUUGACAGCACUCAUAAAAUUGAAUUUUCCCAAACAGUCAGCGAAUGCGAUCUGAACUUCUGACACCAUACAAGCCUACAAGAGGCUACACGGUUAUAGUUCCCACAGAUGCAAAACUACCAAUUCAAAGAGAGACGAACUUGGGAUAAGAAAGUGCCGUUCCUAUUAAGUUUUGGAGUACAGUAUUUUAUCUAUAGGGUUAUUUUAGGCGUUUUCAUCUUCGUCUGAGGUGUAAUGCUGGGCUGUUCGUCGUUGCACAAAAAAAGAGAAUUCGAACCCGAAUUAGGAAAGUUUAUUUUCUGGAAUAUAUCGAUCUGCAUCCUCUAGAAUUUUGCAUCCCACUCAGUCUGGCUUGUCCCCGGGUGGCGAGGUUGAAAUUGUCCACCUCCAAACUGGUAUAUAUCCUGCAUUGAUUGGACGCGACAUAAAAUGUUGCAAUAAUGAAUUUAUUGAUGACUUUUCUUGCUUGUCUAGCUCCGUGAUUCUCAAAUAUGAGGGUUAAAUCGGUCUCAUCUCCAAACAUGAUCGUGCAUUAAACCAGUUCCAAACUAUUCCAUUAAAGAAAAUUCCUGUUGCAAGACGUAUUCGUGGUCCCUUUCCCCUCUUCUGUGACGCCCGCGAGGUUUCCACAACUCUGUUGUCUGAGCUAAAGAUUGUACAUAACGAAAUAGUUCACUCGGCAAAAAAGUGUCCGCGGAAGUCCGCGCAUUGGUUCAGAUGUCGCUGCAGUCUUUGUUUUGAAGCUCUCUUUCGUUUCUCCAGAAGAAGAAUAGGAAUAGCACCACCUUGUGCAUCAGCUGUUGCGGUUCGCUCAAAGCGGAGUUUUGGGUUUAUUUUAUUUUAAUGACCCCUUGCCUUCGUUCUAAAGCCAAAUUAAACGAAGAAAACAGUCGCCCCUUCCACCUGAAGAGGAUUUUUGUCAGGGUGACCAUUUUAAAAGGCGUUAUUCCGAAUUUUUAUUAUAAUUUAUACAAAAA